CGGGAACAGUUACUGCUCAACGUGGCUCGGGUCUUAGGCUGCCGUUGCGGAGGCAGGCAGCGACGGCUGGGGUUGCCCAGCUGUUCGAGUGCGGCAAUGAUCCCUCCUCCCAGCUGCGCCUGCCUCAUCUCCCCCCACCCAGCAGCCCGUCCCUCCCCUCCGCCGCUCCCGACGCUGCAGCCGCCACCUCCUACUCUUCUUCCUCCCAACCCCCAGCCUCCCUCGACCGCUCGAUCUCCAUCUCCUCUCGCUGGCUCUCCCGUUCCCGCCGGCGGCCCUGGCAAAGUAGGCACCGCAAGGCGGAGGCGGGAGGAAUCUCCAUGCAACACCAUGACAGGCAUCGCCGCCGCCUCCUUCUUCUCCAAUACCUGCCGCUUCGGGGGCUGCGGACUUCACUUCCCAACCCUGGUGGAGCUCAUCGAGCACAUCGAAGACAACCAUAUCGAUACAGACCCACGUGUAUUAGAAAAACAAGAAUUACAACAACCCACAUACGUUGCUCUCAGUUACAUUAAUAGGUUUAUGACUGAUGCUGCUCGUCGUGAGCAGGAAUCUCUCAAGAAGAAAAUCCAACCUAAACUCUCCUUGACCUUAUCAAGCUCAGUGUCCCGUGGGAAUGUAUCUACUCCUCCACGUCACAGCAGUGGAAGCCUUACUCCACCCGUCACUCCUCCGAUCACCCCUUCCUCCUCAUUUCGUAGUAGCACACCAACAGGUAGUGAAUAUGAUGAAGAAGAAGUAGACUAUGAAGAUUCAGAUAGUGAUGAGUCCUGGACCACAGAAAGUGCUAUCAGUUCUGAAGCUAUCCUAAGUUCUAUGUGUAUGAAUGGAGGAGAUGAGAAACCUUUUGCUUGUCCUGUUCCUGGGUGUAAAAAGCGAUAUAAGAAUGUGAAUGGUAUAAAGUAUCAUGCCAAGAAUGGCCACAGGACACAGAUCCGGGUGCGGAAACCCUUCAAAUGCCGCUGUGGAAAGAGUUACAAGACAGCUCAGGGUCUGCGGCACCACACAAUCAACUUCCACCCACCAGUGUCUGCUGAGAUUAUCAGGAAGAUGCAGCAAUAAGAUGCUGGUCACAAAUGUGCCAAGGAAUACUCACCAGCAGUUGCUGAUUUUGAAGACAGCCACCUUCUCCUGGGAAGCAUUGAGCAACACUUUGAAGAAAUUAAAUGCAUGCUUUACAUUUUCCCCCCUGUAAUUUUGGAAUGACGUAUCUUUGUAGAGUUAAUGAUUUUGUACAUUUGCACAUGUAAUCAUCAUGCCCAUAUACAUUACUUUAAUAUAAAGGUGCUAAAAGCUACAGAUUUUUAAAAAGUAUUUUUCCGUCCCACCCCACCCCACCCAAAGGUGAAUUAGGGAACGUAUAUUUAGCUGUUCCACGGUAUUGAAUAAGGACGGGGGAGGAAAACUUGGCACUAGGAUAAUUUCCAAGAUUGUAAUGUGUUUGAAGAAAUUCAAUACAUCAGUUCCUAUGUGCUUGCAAAAACCAAAAGAAUUCCUUUAUCCACCUGGUUAAUAUGCCUUAUGUAACAGAGAUAUCUGUAGGAUAGCAAGGUUAUAGGUAUUGGAAUUAUAAAUAAGAGAAUGUUUAACAUAUUCGAAGAAUAUUUUCAUACUCAAAUAACAUACAUAAAAGGUGUGCUUGCUGUAUUUUAUAUUAUCUUGCAAAUUCUUUUAGUCUUUUGAAAUGCUGAAAAUUUUGCAGUGAAUUAGUAGAUCACUCUACCAUUAAAAUUCCUACGUCUAUCUGUACAGAACUUACGUUAUUUAAUGUUAACAAUCCACGGAAAUUUCUGAGGACUAACUUUUCCUGGUCCUGCUAUUGGCCUCUGCUAUCUAUUACUAGCAGAAACUUGGAAAUGAAGUGCAAAUUUUCUGAGAGAAAUUAAUCUUCAUCUUAGAUGGAGUCCUUAAAGCACUUUCUAGUUCUUCAUUGCCAACAAAUUUAAAUGUUUUAUGUUGCCAAUUCUUGCAACUAUCAUUGUUGCAAAUAAAAAAGAGGCAUAUUGUUAAGAGGUACAGUAUUUUAAGUUAAGGGAGGUUGUCGUUGUACCUUUGGAUUUUGCAUGUGUGUGUGUGUACAGAUAGACCUCGAUUUACAACCACAAAUGAGCCCAAAGGUUUUGUUGCAAAGCAAGAGAGUUGUUAAGCGAGUUUUGUCCCAUUUUAUGAUCUGACUUACAAGAGCUAAGUGAAUCACUGCAGUUAUUAAAUUAGUAACAUGGUUGUUAAGUGAACCUGGCUUCCCCAUUUACUUUACUUGUCAGGCAGUCACAAGAGGCUAUCACAUGACCUUAGCACAGUGGUUCUCAACCUUUAUAGUGCUGCGACCUUUAAUACAAUUCGUAUUUAUAAUACAAUUUGUACCUUUAAUACAAUUCCCCAAGAUGUGGUGAUCCCAACCAUAAAAUUAUUUUCGUUUUGAAUUUAUCACGCCUGAAGCCGUAUUGGCUAGCGAUCUGAACUGUUUGCGAUUGCCUUGAGGACGGAGGCGUUAAAGCAGAGACUCCUCCCCUAUUAAGUUUAUCGCGUCUGAAGCCAGAUUAGGCUAGUGAUUGGGAGUGAUUGCAGCUGGCUUGAGAGGGAGAUAUCAGAGCAAAGAUUUCUCUCUUUUUUAAUUCAUUGUGCCUGAAGCCAAAUUCGGCUAGCGAUUUGAAGAGCCUGCAGCUGGCUUGUGGAGUCAACCAUUGGAGCGCGAUUCUUCGACUUGCAAGUAUACUUCCCAUAUUUCCGAUGGUCUUAGGCGACCCCUGGCAAAUCGUCCCGACCCACAGGUUGAGAACUGCUGCUUAGCACAUUGCAGCCAUCACAAAUACAUACCAAUUGCCAAGCAUUCAACUUUUGAUCAUGUAACUAUCGGGAUGCUGAAAUGGAUGUGUGGAAAAGUCAUAAGUCACUUUUUAAAGUGUCAUUAUAACUUUGGUCACUAAACGAAUGGUCGUAAGUCAAGGACUACUUGUAAUAUAUAUGCAAUAUUAUGUAUAUGUAGAUGUGUGUGUGUUCACACACACACACAUAAAUGUGUAUACAUACACAUGAUGUGUGUGCAUGUACACACACAAAUAAACUUAUUGUAUGUGAUGUAUUCUACAGGUUAGCAUUACAUUUCUUUAUGAACUGUGAGACAUGAGCCUUACUAAAAUGAAGCACUUUUUGAAGCAGGUAAUUCCAAGAUAGACUUCUAACACAGAGUUCCUUAGGUCUAAAACCAUACCUGAAUGCUUCAUUUAUUUGAUGCUCUCCUGCCUUCAGCAUUCUCUUGUUUAAAGUUAUAGUUAAUAGUUUUAGUAUGCAAAAGCUAAGUUAAUACUAACUUGGGAGCUUGUCUCCCGCAUGAGACUAUUUUAAGUUUUUCAGAUAAUCCUUUUCUGUGUAUUUUGUAUUUAUAUAUAAAUGACAUGGGAAAUACAAGUCUCUUUUCUUUUAGAUUAGAACAUGUAUAAACACUGAGUGGGCAAAGAUUCUUCACUAAGAAAGAUUUUUUCCAACUAAGAUCUCUCAUAAUGAGGGUUUGAGAAGAUAAGCUUCUUUUAGACAAGUUACCCUACACCCACCUUCAGAAAAGUCUAUGUACUAGCAUCAGUAAUAGUUUGAUGUAACAGUAUAUAAUAUAACAAUCUAUUGCUAUACUUAAAGCUUUAUAUCCAUCUUCUAAUAUUUUGACUUCAUUUAAUUGUGCUCUCAGUAAAAAGUACUGAGUAACCUAACCGUUAAAUAAUGUUGCAUGUCAGUUCUUUCCACUAUUACAAUCCAUUACUAUCUACAUAGUCAUUGUGGCAGUAUUAAACAGACGGAAAUGGGACUAUUUUAUUAUACUGUGUAUAGUGAGUGUAUUGUACUGUGUCUGUGAAAAUGUGCUUUAAAUUAUAUUUUCUUAUAUUUUGCUGGGGACAAGGUUCAUUAAGUUUGGAAGUCACACAAAGUUUGUUUUAGAACUGAGCACCAUAAAAUGUAUUGAAAUUUCUUUCCAUAAAAGCUGCUUACAAAUGUUAAUCAAAUCACAUUUAAUAAAUUGCC